AUGGCUGCUGCGGUCGCACCUGCGGCGGCAGCAACUUCCGCUAAUACUGCCGCCGCCGCUGCCGCUACCUCGGCCGAUACUCAACCGGAAACGCCGACACAGACUUCAGUCCCAACAUCUUCAACAUCGGAAUCACCCACAACCCAAGUGCCAACGACUACCGAAUCUUCGACAUCAUCUUAUACCUCUUCAACAUCAUCAUCUUCGACGACCACAAUAGCCCCGGCGGAACCUACGACGACGAGCACCUCAUCGCACACAACAUCAACAUCGACAACGUCAACCUCAUCCUCAUCGUCAACGACAACAGAUCCUGUUCCUACCAGCACUUCUGCGUCAGAAACUAGCCACACCGUCGAUGUCGUCACAACUGUCGUAACACAAACACCUACCAAUGGCUCUACGGGAGUAGAAACCCUCACUAUAACCUCGACGGACACAUCGAUUCCAACAGCCACUGCGGGGACGGCGGCGGACGGGGCUUCUAUCACUGGAAGCGGCUCAUCGGCUACAGGGACUUCGAAGAGUACCAGCAGCGGUAGCUCUUCCGGACUUUCAGCAGCUGGCACGAUAGCAGUCGCAGUAGUUGUGCCUGUCGCAUCUGUGGCUCUCAUCGUCUUGGCUGCCCUCUAUUUUUGGAGGAAAUGGAAAGCGAAGAAGGCGGCAGAGGAGGAAAGAAGAAAAGAGGUAGAGGAAUAUGGCUUUAACCCGAAUAACGAUCCAUCCCUUCCACCUAUCAUGGGCGGAAGUGCUUUUGAGCCCAAGGAUGAUACUUCCGGGUAUCGCGGGUGGGGUACCACGUCAGCAGGCCGGAAAGCAUCGACCAAUCUUUCGAGUAGCGCUGGGGUCGGGCUAGCUAUGUCUGAGGCCGGAAGCGCGCCUGGGUAUCACCAUGCCACUACUCCGAGUGACGGGACUAUUCAGUACUCCGAGGGCCAGGGUACGUUAGGCGAGACUGAACCGAUCGGGGUCCUUGGUGCUGCUCCAGCAGCCGCGACAAACACUCGGAACGUCGAUAUUCAUCGUGGUCCAUCAAAUGCUUCAUCUGCAUACUCUGCAGCCAACCGAUCGGAGGCCUCGGACGAAAGCCAUAUGUCUGCCACACACCCUGCCGGUGGCUUUUAUGACGAUAAUCCAUAUUAUAGCGAUAUUCAACCGCAGUAUGGGGCUUAUGGUGACGGUCCGUACGGCGGUGCCCCCCCGGUCAUUCGAGAUGUUCAAGCACGGCGUAACACCCGGAUUGAAAAUCCCGCUGUGUUUCCCCGACAGGGAAAUGCCGGUAUUGCCCAGAAUUUCUAG